CUCUAUCUGACUAGGAGGAAAGCUGUUACUAUUACAAUGGCCUACAAUCAUCAUCUUCGUUCCGAUUAGUCCGUCCUUGGCAAAGUCCCAUUGCAUUGUGCUGUAGUUGAAUACAAGACACUCGUCUUACUAGUGAAGUGAGCUGAACAGGGAAAUCUAAUAAGAAUCUGCGUGCCGAAUCCAAACCUUUCUCGCUCACAGAACCUUUCUUCAUUCUAGCUAUCUCCAAGUGUGUCUAGCAUCGCCAUUACAAUGCCGUGUUUCGCCUUCUUUCGUCGUUCAACCGACGCAAACAGCUCACAAAAGAACAAAUGGGAUGUUCUAAGAAUAUAUAAACACUCCAUCUCUACAGUCCUUGAUGACUCGUCGGUCUCCUCUUUCCCCGACAUUAAAGACGACCGCCCCUAUUCACAGCCUCAUCCACGCAUGCUGUGGCGUAGCCCAACCGGUAUUUUGGAGCCGCGAAUUCUGAGCUAUCUCAACCAGAACAAGGAAACCAUCAAAUUCAGCAAGAUUUUUGAUCUUUUUUGUGGAAAUGGCGAAUGGUUGAAAGAUCUGAAACCGGUGCUAUUAGAAGCUGACAUUGAUGCGAAUCUGGUUGGGUACGACCUCAGGUCGGACUACUCUGUGUCUCCUAACCAAAUCAGAGAUUUCAAUGACCUGGCCAGGAGACUCCUAAAAGAAUCUUUCGGUACUUUCGACGUCGUCCAUGUCCGAGUACGUAUGGUAGACGAUGACCCGGCAAUCGUGCUAUCUGGUGUCAUGAAAUUGCUGAAACCUGGCGGUUGGGUACAAUGGGAAAAGCUUGGAUCUGAACUCGUCCUGGGCGGGGGUUACAUCGGGGCGGCGAAAACCCCUUGCAGAAAGACGACCCAGCCCACUGAGACCCGAGAAGGUGCACAGCACGUGAAGCCUGAUAUUGUGACGGAGCUUUGCCAGUACUUGAUCGAUGCAGAGGUCACAGAGACUGAGAUGUUUUCGGGAGUUGCGCAGGAGUCGGGGCUUGGGAAGGUGAUGUAUCGAGAGAUCAUUACUACGAUUACCGGACGCAAGCCGUUGUAAACCAGUCUUGUUAUCCUCGGGUAUCAAAAGCUAGUGUCGCUGGCUUCAUUUCCUAUUACAAUCGUUAGUAGUCUGGGGUUUUCGGUUCCUAUAGUCACCCAAAUUGCAAGCAGCUAUCUAAUAUUACAAAAUGCAAAAGACAUUUGAGGUCAGAACUGAGAGUUGCAUGAGGCAUACUGAGUCUUGGGAUUGCUACUAUAAUCC